AUGGCCAGCCUCCUCAAGUAUAGACAGAAGCGGCAGCGAUUAAUACGCCCGAGCACUCCGGAUACCACAGACAUUAUAGCUAUCAUCAAUUAUAUUUCCGACGCUAUCCCAAAAUACUCAACUGCCUUACAUAUCUGGCUAAUGCCCGAAAGAUUGCCCGACGCGGCCAUUAAAGCUACCAUGGAAAACGUGUCGGUAAGCCAACGGGUUUUCGGGUCCUGCGGACGAGGUUUUGAUCGACGAUCUAUCAUGGGGCACAUUAAUUAUGAUGAUUGGGAAUGGACAAACAACUGGGUACAGGGGCUCGGAAUAAUAACGCGUCCGCUCGCAGAGACGUCUCCUGAAUGGUCAGAAGAAUUGCUGCUGCUACUGGCUCUCGACAACGAUAGGAAUAAAGGGUCGUUGUUGGAAAAGCCUGUCGUUGGUAGCGGGUCCAACGACAUGGGCAAAAGAAGGUUUACUUCAAGCAGGGCCAUUGAUGCUGCCAACGCUCUUGCUACUCCUGCUCUUGAUGACUUUUCUGCAGUUUUCGCGCCCUUUCCCAGUCAUCCUGGCACUGUAUACACCCUGUCGAUAAGGAUAUCUAAGUUGACAUGA